CAAAACAACGCUCCUGUUUUGGUCAUUUGGACAAUCAAGUUGUAAUAAAUUAAAUUAAUUAAUAAAAAUGGCUGGAGAGGUGGUAGUCGAUGCAUUGCCUUAUAUUGACCAAGGUUACGAUGAUCCAGGAGUUCGAGAAGCGGCAUUGGCUAUGGUCGAAGAGGAAUGCAGGAGGUAUAGGCCUACAAAGAAUUAUUUAGAAAAUGCGGGACCAGAACCUAGUACUGCAUUCGAAACGGGGGCUUUGCAGCGAGAAAUGGAGCGAGUACAACAAAGGUUGCCCAUGGAGCCGUUGUCUAUGAAAAGAUAUGAAUUGCCACCACCGUCAGCAGGGCGUCUUGGAGAGCCAACAGCCUGGGUGGAAGCUGUAGACAACUCGCAUGCUCAACUCUCACAUCAAGCCACUAGGGUGUUAAACUUGGAGCUUCAGUUGCAAUUCAGUACAGAAGCUUGGCGCUCUUAUUUGAAUGUUCUGCAAGCACUGGUCUCAUCUUCACAGAAUAUACACUCACAGUUAAGGAAACAAAUAGCGGCAGUUAACUGGGAGCGUAAGAGAUCCCAGACGGCUAGCGGCGCUCGUCUGCGGGCGCUGCGGAGGCGCUGGGCGCAGCUCGUAUCGGACAACUACCGACUCGAGCGUGCGAUCAUGCAGCUCGAAAUACAACUAGAAAAGGCCAAAGGACAAGUAUCAGAGGACGAUGAAACACCCGAUAUGGAUAUUGAAGCAGUCAAGAAUCUUCCGGACAAACUCAACUCUGAGACAGAGAAGGAAGUACAGAAGAAAAUAGAAGACAUGUUUGCAGAUUGAUAUAAUAGGGUUUUUAAACAAAUGUAUAAGUAAAUAAAUUGUUAUUAAGCUUACUAA